AUGACGACAAGUGUUCUGCUGCUGCUGCUGUCCCUCUCGGCGACCGUUGCGCUCGCCGUUCCGCAGCAGCAGGAGCUGCAGCUGCAGGACACGGUCCUGCUCGACGACGUCGUGCAGGAGGCCGCCGAGGAGUGGUACCACGGGCGGCACCGGAGGACGGGCGUCGCGUACCCGCUCUCGCUACCGGGGAGCCUGUUGGGCGUCGACGCCACCGUGGCGCGGUUCCGCGCGGGCAGCCUCCGGAGGUACGGCGUCCGGCGGUUCGGCGAGUUCUCCGUGCCGACGGGGCUCGCCGUGCGCGGCCGGGCCGCCGCGCACCUGAUCGCGGUGCGCGUCAACCUGGGGAAUCUCUCCUCCGUGUACGACGAGUACGCGGUGGGCGCCGGGUACCGCCUCGCGUCGCCGGUGCUCGGGCUCAUGUUCUACGGCCUGGCCCGGCGCAACGGCACGGCGGCGCUGGAGAUCGACCUCACGGGCGCCUUCAUCCGCGUCAACUUCUCCGUGGCCAUCCCGGCGCUCCAGCCGGGCGCCGCGGUGCUCUGCAUGGCCGUGGGGCUCAACAGCAGCGUCACUGUGACGGACGUGGAGGACGGGACCAACACCUGCCACGCGUCGGACCAGGGCCACUUCGCGCUCGUCGUGGGGGGAGCCGGCGACGGAGGCGGCGGCAGUGCCGGCGGCGGGGAGGCGGAUAUCGGGGAGGUCAGCAAGUGGAAGCUGGCGCUGUUCGGCGCGGCGCUGGGCGCGGGCGGCACCGUGCUUCUGGGGAUGGUCGCCGUGGCCGUGGUCAGCAUCCAGCGCCGCAAGUCGGAGAUGGCGGAGAUGGAGCGGCGGGCCUACGAGGAGGAGUCGCUGCGCGUGUCCAUGGUCGGGCACGUGCGCGCGCCGUCAGCGGCCGGUUCGCGCACCACGCCGGACGAGCUCGAGAGCGAGUACUGUGCCACGUUGUGA